UCCUACAUCCCAUGAUUUCUGCUUUGGUGAAACCUCGACUUUUUCAAGUAGUCAGUACUUUAAAUCCAAAUGCUCAAAAUAAUUAAAUAGAUUGAAUAGUGUCAACUUAAUUUUAUAAAAUUAUUCAACUAACGUUGUGUAAAAGUAGGAUGUUUCAGCAACAAUAUUUGGAAUCCAACGGAUCUUUAGAAGACUGACUGUGUACUCAGGAAGGACUAGGAAUGGGGAAAUGUGAUGACUCUGGUUUGUGGGGAGCACCUAGAGGAAAAUGUAUAGUACACAGGGGGUUCUUCAGGACUAAGGUUGGGAGCCUAUGCUGUAAAUAAUCGGGUGUGGCUGCAUCCUGUCCACAAAACCAAAUCUCCAUUAGCAGGACAAAAGGUUGAUGUAGAUCUACCACCAGGGGGCAGCAGAGAGCCAUGACAAAGGCGCACACUUAACCGUGUUGAGGCAUCCAGGCUUGACGAGCUGUCUUUUGUCUCAGAUACUAGAAGAGAUUUUCUACAUCACUCAUUUCCAGCCCAUGGGAUGGAGCGAGGAAGGGAAGACUAAAGAAACUCUGUAGUAAAGAUUUGUAGCACUCGACGCUGAAACACCUCUUGGUGAUGUGUCGAGGAGGAACCAAAUGCGACAUGGGGGGCAGGUGAAUCUUUUGCUUGCUGCAAGGAUACAACGGGGGCCAGAAGAGGGUGAUGGAGGGAGGGACGAAACAAUGAAACACUGAGCGUCUGAUGCAGGCUGCGCGUAAAAGGACUGUGGAGGACGAUGCAACGUUUUUUUUGCAGCCGGACCCUUUUGUCUGUCGUAAUGGCGAGGGGACGUGAAUGAAAAGGAGAGAAUCUCUCUGUCUCUUCAUGGCAGGCGGCAUGAUGUUGUGUUUGCGAUUCCACAGGAGUAAGUCGGUGUGGGCCGCCGUGUGUGUGCUGGUGCUGUGCUGGCUUUACAUCUUCCCUGUGUACAGGAUGCCAAGCGAUAAAGAUAUCGUAGAAGAAGUGCUGCACCAGGGAGAGACAUGGACCAAGAACCAGACGGGCAUCGACCUGUACAGGAAGCUGCUAACUGAAUGCUGUGACCCAAAGAAAACGUUUGCAGUGACCAAGGAGAAUUCACAGAUUGGGAAAGUCCUGUGGUACGACGGCGAGUUCUACCACUACCAUACUGUCAACAAUGACACCUACCCACUGUUCGUACAGGAUAUUCCUUUUCAGCUGCCACUGAAGAAGUGUGUGGUGGUGGGCAACGGAGGAGUUCUGAAGAACAGCGGCUGUGGCAAAGAAAUCGACCAGGCCGAUUUUGUAAUGAGAUGUAACCUGCCCCCGCUGUCCAAAGAAUAUACCGAUGAUGUAGGCAGAAAGACCCAGCUGGUGACGGCUAAUCCCAGUAUUAUAGAGAAAAGCUUUCAGAGCCUGCUGUGGUCUCGCAAGGCUUUUGUGGAAAGCAUGAAAGCCUAUGGCUCCAGCUAUAUCUACAUGCCUGCCUUCUCCAUGAAGCCUGGCACAGACUUGUCCCUGCGUGCCUACCAUGCGCUGGCCGAUUCAGCGUCCAACCAGACAGUGCUGUUUGCUAAUCCGGACUUCCUAAAGAACGUGGGUCUCUUCUGGAAGCACCACGGCGUACACGGCAGACGUCUAUCCACAGGCCUCUUCUUGGUGAGCCUCGCGCUGGGAGUGUGUGAUGAAGUGACAGCGUUCGGCUUCUGGCCAUUUGCGCUGGGCCUCGACCAGCAACCUGUAAGUCACCACUAUUACGACAACGUGCUGCCUUCGUCUAGGUUCCACGCAAUGCCGGAGGAGUUCAUGCAGCUAUGGCAUCUACACAAAAGUGGUACCCUGAGAUUGCACCUGGGCCAGUGUGCUCACUAAAAUACCACAUGUAGGAUGUGGUCAUUUCUGUUUAACAAAAAAGAAUCUGCCACCCUCACCUACUCUUCAUAUUCACGUGAGAAAAAACGCGUGACUGCAGCCCCUCUAUCAAAAACCCACCAAACUGAUGCCACCCCCAAUGUCUGCUUGUUUCCUGUGGGUAGACGCUCCAUUCCCGAAACCUAACACACAAUGGUAUUCACACGCAGUCAGAAUGACACCCACACACUUUCUUUUUGGUUGCCAAGGGACUGUCUCAGCCUUUCCAAGAGUGCUGUGAGUGUGUAGAGAGGGAAAGAAGAAGCGUGGGCUGAUAUGGAGCUGUAGCUGCCUUUACAGCAGCUGUUCUCCCAUAUCUCUUUUUUCACUCUGAAACAUGAAUGAGGGUGCAGGGAGGCAUGCAUGGAUCAGGUAAUUAAAGACAUUUUAAAUGCUCUCUGAAAAAAGAAGAAGCAAUGUGAACAGCAGGAUUUUCGCCAGGAUGACAUAUAGCCACAACCUUAGUGGUUUGAUGAGGCCGAAAAAUGGAAAUAAUUAAAAAAAAAAAAAAAAAAAAAAAAAAAAAAAAAAACAGUAACAAUUUUUCUGAUUUUUAUUUGCAACAUUCUGUGGAUAAAUAGUUUUUGGUGAAGAAUCCCAGGAAAGUAUUCUUCUAUUAAUAUGUCUUUUUUUUUGUGAUAUUCACAAUGUCGAAGCUCCUCAGCUUAGAUCCUCAAAAUGGAAAAUGUGAACUUUUGGGUGUGAAAAGAAUGUAUAUUGUCAAUGCACUGUUGUACAGCCACAAUUUGAUAUAAGUUCAUCUUGAAUUCUAAGCUACUGUAUUUGUAUAUUCAGGUGUUUGUGCAAUGCUUCUGGUCAUGUGAGUCUCCUGAUCAUGUUCUUGUAUGUUUGGGUCACCAUAUGGAAUGGUUACAAAAGCAGGUAUACGUGCAUUGUCAUCUUUAGUUUACUGUCAGAAACCAAAAUGAAAAUGUCAGGCAUCAACUAGUUGUCAGUUUUGCAUCGUGAGCAUAAUAGUAUUAUGCCUAUAGUAUUUUGUGAUAAUUGCAGAAGGAUUUUGCCUGUGGGGGUGAUGUGGCUGUCUGUACAUCUUCUGUGAUCUGAAGUUGUCAGUAUCUUCUGUGAAAUACAGUCUUGCUUUUAUAGUAACAGAUUUUUUUUAAUGAUAAAAUCCUACUCAAAAUUGUCAUUAGUGCUACUGGGGCAUUAGCGCUGCCUGUGACUGCUCAGGUGCUGGACACCUGGUCCUGAAUUGCAGUCUGUACAUAAAUGUAAUGAUUGGUCUGAAUGUAAAGGACAUUUUGGGCUAUAUAUCCAAUCAAGUUAACUCUUAGUUAAAUUCUACCUGAAAAACCGGCAUUUUAUCUGGCUUUGUCAUGAUCACUGUUUAAUCAUUAUUUUUAUCAUUAUUACAAUCAUUAUCACUACAGGGUUACUAACUCAAAGAAUGAAAUCCAUACACACUCAUAGAUGCUUGGGGUUUGCUCAAGGCCAGGCAUGUAUCCAUCUUCACUGUCUCUGUUCCAUCUGUUCACAUUCCUUGAGAGGUCGAGUGCCUUUUUAAUGUGAAAGGGGGAAAAAAAGGAAAAAGGAGACACCAGCAGCAGUAGAUAAGGACUAAGUAUUUCUCUUGCCUUCACGUUUUUGCUCCUCAUUGGCAGUUCUCCAUACAUGAUAAUGUUUUACUUGAUGUUGAAUUAAAUCCAGCAGGAUCUUGAUUUAAAAACCACUUGUGUUGAAAGGAGUCUUAUCACAAGCUGGCUACCAACGGACCAAGUUGAGAUUCUACCAGUUGUUCACUCAGUUGCCAUUUGAAGGCAUGUCUUGUAUAAUUAUUACCGAGAGAAUCUUUAGAAAAGACAGUGGGGUAUUUGAAUUUUUGUUUUUUGCACCUUUGUCCUGUUCAGUAUUGUGAAUGACUGAGACUAUAGCUUGUAUUGCAGCCUGCAUGACUGUGUUAUGUGUAUUUGUUUAGGAAUCUGAAAUUUGAGUUAUGGAUGUUUUUCUUAAUGAUUAUAGUUUUAUUUACAUUCCUGCCCCUUUGCUUUCUGAGCCAUGUUAAGCUGUGUACCCAAAGUGUAACAGCGCUUACCUCAGCCAUUUGUUUUUACUGGCAAUUCCCAAUGCUAAUCUUAUGAAAUAAAUAUGGAAAUACAUAUUGAUUCAGGCCAGAAUUUAAAAUAAAAAAAAAAAAACAAGACUCCUUUUACUGUUCCAGUUGUCGAUUAGGUUAUAAUUUACCUUUUUUUUUUCUCUGGCUUGAAAAGAAAAUUUAAUGUAUGUAAUUUAUGUAAUGUCGAAGAUUUUAAAUAGAGGAAAAAAAGCUGAAACUGAAAAACGAACUCUUAACCAGUCAGUGAGUGCUUCAUAUGUGCUGGAAAAAUAAGAAUAGGAAGAACAGCUUGCAAUGAACAGUAUUUUUGUAACAGCUGGGUUAUGCCACAUGGAAAAAAGCAACCAAGUAAUAUGUGUUGAAAAUGGUGAGAAAGAUUGUAAUAAAGUAACCCAGUUUCAACUGUCCUGGUUUUCUACCCACCUUUCUCUAUUUUAUGUUUUACUCUAGUUACAUGUUUAUUAUGCACGGUUUGUGUUUCCGCUGUUUUAUAUUGUAGUAUAAGUCAAUAAUUAAUGGACAUCCCAUUAACAGUGUAU